AGCAAACCCUCUCUCAGACCCCCUCGCUGUCGUCCGGGCAUGCCUCCGGACCGCAAUCGUGCCUCCAACCCCCAGGGGAGACAAAAGUCCUGCUUAGAAUGCGCCAAAUCGAAGCGUCGCUGUGAUCUACGGCAUCCAGCCUGCCUUCGCUGCACCAAACAAAAUCUGACAUGCUCCUAUCCCCCACAACCGUCCGCUGGCGAUGCGUCCACUUGGCAAAGCGACUCAACUCCUCCCGAAUGUGAUGCAGCUGACAAUGUCUUCCAUUUUGACAUGCAGACAUUUUCUAAUUCUCAGCCCGUUGGACUCAUGGACUUCGAUGUUGCUCCUGGUGAGGCAUCAUCCUUGGAUGCACUGAACAACCUGUUCAAUACAGAGGAAGAUAGAGAAUCAUAUUUCCCCCUUGCUCGGUCAAACUACGCCCAAGGGAAAUCGUUCUCAGCAUCGCACAUAUCUGACUUUGCCUACUCGCGCGUCAAAUACUGUAUCGAGGAGUUGAAGCGCGCUCCCAUAACGAUGGUUUCAGAAAACCGAACGCCUUGGUCCCACCCGCUUCUUUACGAAGACUACAUGCCGCGGUGCCUUCAAGAUGCCCAUGCCGCCUGCGCCCUCUACAUAGCGAGGAAUGAUACCAAUGACCUUUUCGUGGCUCGCCAUGUCACCGAUCGCGUCAAGGAACUACUCGACAGCCCAACCCCUGCUGUACCUAUCGAAGUUCUCGCCCGUGCACACAGCCUUAUACUCUACCAAGUUAUUCACAUUUUCAGUGCAGAUAUACGUUACCAUGGCAGAGCUGAUGCAACUUUUCCGCAUCUUGAAGAAGCGGGCCGUUCAUUGCACUUGAUUGUUCAUCAAGAGUCUGACUUCUCCGAUCCCAUCCCGCUGUAUCCCAGCGCCACUGCGCGUUCGGCCUGGAGAGACUUUAUCUUCCGUGAAUCGAAACGCCGGACUCUUCUGAUCCUGUUCCAUUUCAUCGCGAUGUGCAAUCUACUUCGUGGCUCGCAGGCCUCUUGUUCCCAUGAAGAUGCUCUUGGUAGUCGCGUAUCAUUCUCGGCACAUCUCUGGAAAGCCGCCUCCGCAUUUGACUUUGCCAUCGCAUGGAACCAGAAGAAGCAUCAUCUGGUACGUGAUUUGGAUCUGUCUGAGCUACUCGACACGGCCCAUCCUGACGACAUCGAUACAUUUGGAAGGAUGCUAAUGACAGGGCUCAUGGGGAUCGAUGACGUGAAGGGAUGGUUUCACACUCGAGGCGGGGCCUUUUGAGGAUGGUGCAGAGCAGCCAUCAUCACUUUGCUUUUGCGCUUGGGAUUGUCCAUGGGCUCUCUUGAGCCUUGUGCAAGGCAACUCCAAUGGCCCAUGACAUCGUUUCAUCUCCACAGAGUCUUGUAAGCUUAUGCACCUUUUAUACCUUCCACAUGCGGGAAUUGAACCGAGUUCUAUGGGGGCGAACACCUAAUCGGCUUUCUAAUGUUGAGCUCUGACUAAAUGCUUGUGGACUGUGGUGAUCUGAGUGAGGGACGCCAAGCACCCACUGACACCCUCUGUGAUCUACACGGGUCGACCCUUAGCUCUGGGUCGGUGAGUAGCUCUACAUCAUAUCCACCGUCAGAUUAGC